AUGCAUGGCAGAGAGGCAGUGGGUGUGGAGGACUUGACUCACUGCCUGCAGCAGUCACCUUCUUUCAUCACCACCUGCUGCUCAAGCCCGGAAAGUCUCAUCACCGCCUGCCACUCAUCCUUAACACCUCCAUGCCUCACCUCCCUGCCGCAACCCCCUCACACAUCCCUCUUCUGCCUCCCUCUCCCCCCUUCCUCUCUCACCUCCCUCUCUAACCUUCCUCUCCAACCUUCCUCUCCCACCUCCCUCUCCCGCCUUCCUCUCCCACCUCCCCCUGUGCGCACCCACACAGGACCUACCAGAGAGGCAGUGGGUGAGGAGGACUUGACGCACUGCCUGGAGCUGAGGGAGCUCAAGGGACGACCCUUCUCAAAUGCCUCAUCUCAUCGCUACCUAUCUGCACGCUUUUACGCUGGCUCACCUCCCCCUCCCACCUGCUUCUGA